AAAAGAAACAGCCUUUUUUUCAGGGGGGACUCAUAACAUCGUUGGACACUAUGUCGCCUCUCAGGUGACUGCCUUGUUUUUAAGGGAUGUGUGAAGCUGCAGAGAAGGACCUGUAUGCUAUCCUGGGAGCCAGGCCCUCAGACUCAGUCCAGCAGCUCAGACACAGGUACCAGCAGCUGGCCUUGCAGUACCACCCGGACCGUCUUGGAGGUGAAAGUUCGUCAGAAGCCGAGUUGGGUAUGAAGAAGUUUCUAGAAGUUGAUGCUGCCUGGAGGAUCCUCAGUGACCAGAACACCAGGAGACAGUAUGACCUGCAGAGGAGAGCACAGGAACUGAAACAGGAUUGGCCAGUGGAUUCCACAGUGUAUUUGGAGGACAUGACCUGGGACCAGGAUGAGUGUGUGUAUACAUACGACUGUCGCUGCGGGGGAGGAUUUAACGUGUCAGAGGAGGAAGUGGAAGAGGAGACACAGAGGAGACAGCAGGAGGAUGAAGAGGAGGAAACAGCAGAAGAAGAGACCAGAGGAGUGGUCGUCUGCUGUGAUACAUGCUCCCUCAGUGUGUGCGUCACGUGGUCGUUACAUAAAAAGACUCAAAUUUUAAAAUGCUAAAGGAAAUAACUUGAAAACCUUUCAAUUCUGACACAGACAUUACCCCUCUGAACUGGACAUUGUGAGAAUAUCUAAACAUCACAGACUUUGUGUUCACCAUCUUCAUCAUUUAGAGGCCCAGGAAGCAAAGCAUCAAAGUACCAAUAAAACGACAUAUGGGACAGUU